AUGUCUUCAGAACAUUCUGUCUCUGAAGACAAUUUAGAUCAAGAAAACAGUUCUGACGAUGAGAAUGUCCCCAGGAAAAAGGUGCUAUGUAGGAGGCCUCUACCUUGGAGAAGCCAAGAACUUAACAACUUAUUUCUAAAGCUGGACCAGAAAGCAAACCGGAAACGGUCUCAAAGAAGUUCCUCGAUGACCAUAGAUAGGAGGGAUGGCUCCCCCUCAGAGAGAGAGGCACCAGAUGAUGCCCCUGAAUUUGCUCUGUCGUAAGGACAUGAAAGUUAUUCCAAAGCUCUUGAGAAACUCCCAUGUUAUUCAUGACGGUCAUACUUACAGAUACGCGUAGCUCUGCAAAUAUAACAGCCCUUUAUCCAUCUCAGCCUAUGGUGCUUUUUUGACCAAAUGUCAGCCUGAGUGUUCCUAAUUCACUUGUUCUUUUACGCGGGUUUUUACUGUACCUCUAAAACAAUAUUGACUAGGUGCUUAUUUUGGGACCAACAACAGUGACAAAGGUUAUGUUGAGAUGCUUUGGAAUACUUACAGCUAGUCAUUUCUUUUAAUGACCCUCAAUUUCCUUACAACAGGGCAAAUACAGACUGUUCCUUACACAUACACAAAAAGUGAAAUGAAAUGAUUUUAUUAAAUGAUUUGAGUGUAAUUUCCCUUUCUUUAAAAAUGAUGAAAAAAAACUUUUUCAUGUUAAAGGCCACGCCAGCAUUCACCAUGUUUUUCUCCGAUAUCUUGCGCUACAAUCACUCCAGAUCCAAAGUGCACUUUCCAGAUCUGUGAGUCUGCUGUGAUUGGUCUAUGUUUUUUCCUGCUCAGAUCAGCAGACCUUCAUGGGGAAGGAACGCGUGACGCAUGCCUAAGAAUGGCUGCUGGGGAGGCUAGCCAUGCCUAUGAUAAUGGUGAAAUCCCACCGCCCAUUCAUUCAAGCCAACAAAAACAGAAAUAUAUUUCAGCCUCAUCCUUCAGCUUCCUGAGGGUGUUGAUCCCUCAGAAAGCUGAGGAUCUGGUCAAAUAAGGGACAUUUUGGCCAGAUGGAGGACAACGGGGAAGAGACCACACCGACAAGCACAAAGGUUGCAGAAGAAAAUCUAGAGGAACAAAAGAUUAGUUGAUAAUGAUAAAUGCCCCUUUCCCUCAGAACUUUAUGUAUAAUACAAAUUGUUUUAUUCCUAGACUUUCACUCGACUAAACAAGGACUGACAUUGGUUGAUUCAUGGUCACAUGGCCNCUUACAGCUAGUCAUUUCUUUUAAUGACCCUCAAUUUCCUUACAACAGGGCAAAUACAGACUGUUCCUUACACAUACACAAAAAGUGAAAUGAAAUGAUUUUAUUAAAUGAUUUGAGUGUAAUUUCCCUUUCUUUAAAAAUGAUGAAAAAAAACUUUUUCAUGUUAAAGGCCACGCCAGCAUUCACCAUGUUUUUCUCCGAUAUCUUGCGCUACAAUCACUCCAGAUCCAAAGUGCACUUUCCAGAUCUGUGAGUCUGCUGUGAUUGGUCUAUGUUUUUUCCUGCUCAGAUCAGCAGACCUUCAUGGGGAAGGAACGUGUGACGCAUGCCUAAGAAUGGCUGCUGGGGAGGCUAGCCAUGCCUAUGAUAAUGGUGAAAUCCCACCGCCCAUUCAUUCAAGCCAACAAAAACAGAAAUAUAUUUCAGCCUCAUCCUUCAGCUUCCUGAGGGUGUUGAUCCCUCAGAAAGCUGAGGAUCUGGUCAAAUAA